AUGGAGUCCCUCCGUGAGCGCUCGCCGAGGUUUAAGCGCCCGAACGAUGAAGAUCGCGACGGAGGCGACGAUGAUGUGAUUUCUUUGGAAUUAUUCCAAAGUGUAGAAAUCAAACACUCGAGCGCCGUUUCCUCGUCGCCGGUGACUCUGGACGUCGUCGCGUACGUCGGAGGGUCGUGUUGGACCCUCGAUUGGACUCCGAGCGGGUCCCACGUGGCGUGUGAAGGGAGGGGCGAGAAGCAUCACGCACACGCGCUGAGAGACGUCGGAAAGUGUACAGGCAAAGCGGCGGUGCAAAUUUGGGACGUUUGCGACACAGGGGUGCGGAUGGCGGUUGGAAUGGUGCACGACGGUGGAUGCGCGCAUGAUUUGAAGUGGUCGCCGUUCAGGGGUCGAGAUCGGACGAGGAUAGAGGCUUCAGACGAAGAGUCGCUCGGGACGCUCGCGUGCGCGAGAGGCGACGGACGAGUGGAGACGUGGAACGUCCCGAGACCGAGCACGAGGUCGGGCGAAACAGUGUUCGUAGAGUCAAAAGCGAUGUUCGUCGGUGUGGUGCCCGGGGAUUACGGUGCGCCAUGGCGGUUGGAUUGGAACGACGUCGUUCCGGGACGACUGUGCGCCGGGUGCACGAGUGGACGGGUCGUCGUGUGGGACGUCCCGGACCAUGAGUCUGACGCUUCGCCGACGUAUCCGAAGUUUGUCAUUGCUGCGGCUGCGCACGCCGGACCGUGUCGAGCGGUGCGUUGGCCGAGGUGUGAGAUUCCUGAGGACGAGAACGCAUGCGCAAACAUCUUGGCGUGCGGUUCUGAUUACGCUGCAAAGCCGCAUUUAUUUGAUUUACGAGCACCAUUCGCGCCGAUCGGGGACGUGUGUGAGCGCGGUGCCAAGUGGACGUUAGACAUGGCUUGGUUACCGCGAGGUGGGGUGGUGUUGGGAAUGGAGCACUCAGAUCGGUCGAGUGCGAAGUCUAUACGCGGCGAGACGAAACAAACUGCGGCGAACGUCCGAUCGAGAGCGCUCGUGGUGCAGUUCGACCUCAUUGCCACGGAAGGCGAGGACUCAAAUCCAACGUCGAUGCACCCAGUGCCUGGUCGUGGCACGGUGUGGAGUGUGGACGCUCGUGCGGGAUUCGAUCCCGCGUGCGCCGCCUCUAUGUUCGCAUGCGCCACGUCGAACGGCGUUGUGUGCGUCAAGCCGAUGCGAUACGUCAGCAAACGUCUGCGAGACGUGAAGGCGUUCAAUUUUGACGUAUUUGCGGGUCUUCUCGCGCACGACGUCGAGUCUAAGCGCGCGUGCGAGUCCAACCCAGUGGAACCACCGGAGUGCUUUGAAUUCAUCACGUCCAACGAGCAGGUGCCCGCAGAUGCGGAGUUGUACCCACCUCUAGAAGCGGCAAAGCCGGGAACUCGGGACGCGCCGACGACAGCACAGUACUGCGCGCGGUGGUCGAAGGAUCGAGACGGCGGCUGGUGGCUCGCGAGCGCCGGAGAGGCUGGGUUCUUGCGCUUGCAAAAGUUUGACUCGAAUUGGAUAGAGACGAAAUUAGGCACCUUGGAGCGCGCGCACAGAUCGAGCGGCGAGAAGAGCGGCGCAAAAAGGGCGAAGAAAACGUAG